ACUCAGAGUCAGUUGUUGAUCAUGCACUGAACCGCACGCACAUUAACCGACUAGUCGCGUUACUGAAUAUUCGCGAUAUUGCAAUCGUAUACACAAAAUAUCUAAUACAGUGAAUUUCGGGUUCAGAAAUUGGCAUCAGAAACGUCCCUCCUAAUCACACAGUUUUUAAACAAGAAUUGUGAUUGUGAUCUAUCGUGACAUUCAUGUUCACAAAGUGCCACCUUAGUGAUUUACAAAUUUAAGUGUCUAGAAUGUGACUGAUUUAGUAGUUUUGCAUUAGUACUUUCACUAGUUAAACGAAUACAUUAAAUCUUCCAAACAUUAAUACGGCAAAUAGUAACGUUAAAAAGUGUACACGAAGCAAUCGGAGAUCAACAGAAAUGGGUGCAGAUGUUCACAAAACUUUCAGCGCAAGUUGAUUCCCAGUUAAACAUCAUAGAUAGCAAAGGAUAGUUCUAUGGUUCAACGAUUAAACAUCUCUAGUCAAAUAAACGACACUGUAAUAAGGGGAAAAAAGUACAUUAAUUGGAGUCAAUCCGGAUCUUUAAGAUUGUUUAGUGUGUAACAUGCGGAGGAAUUUGAAAAUAUUACUGAUACUAGGUAUAUCAUGGAUCUUGAUUGCAGUAUACUACUUCGAAGGUAGCUAUAAAAAUAAAAAUCGUGCCCUCAGAUUGCGCGAUGAGCAAACUGCUGUUGUAACAGAAAAAAUGGUAUCUAUCGAUACAUCAUCUCAUCUGUUCAGUCCAUCUACAUCGCCCAAGCAUCCAAUUUCCAAUACUCUGUUUCACUUAUCCUCGCCUAGACAUACUUGGGAUUACUUCGACGAGAUAGGAUUCAUUCAAAAAGGUAGCCUACAACAAGGAGAAGAUCCCUACAUACGGAAUCGUUUCAAUCAACAAGCUAGCGAUAGUUUAAAAAGCAAUCGCGAACUUCCAGACACGCGUCACCUAAUGUGUCGAAAAGCAUGGUCAAAUAACCUGCCGCCCACCAGUGUGAUAAUAACGUUCCACAAUGAAGCACGUAGCACUCUUCUAAGAACAAUAGUUAGUGUACUGAAUCGAUCGCCAGAACAUUUGAUACAUGAAAUAAUCCUCGUGGAUGAUUAUUCGGAUUUUCCGGAAGAUGGCCAGGAAUUGUCUAAAAUUCAUAAAGUAAAAGUUAUUCGAAACGACAAACGGGAAGGUUUAGUUAGAUCACGAGUCAAAGGUGCUGAUGCGGCCACAGCUACGGUGUUAACUUUUUUGGAUAGUCAUUGUGAGUGCAAUGUGAAUUGGCUGGAGCCUUUGCUCAUAAGAGUAGUAGAAGAUCCUACUCGUGUGGUAUGUCCUGUAAUAGAUGUCAUCAGUAUGGACACUUUUCAAUACAUUGGCGCAUCUGCUGAUCUACGUGGUGGCUUUGAUUGGAAUCUCGUCUUCAAAUGGGAAUAUUUAAGCAAUGCAGAAAGAAAUGAGCGUCAAAAGGAUCCAACAACUCCAAUUAGAACACCAAUGAUUGCUGGAGGAUUAUUUGUGAUAAGUAAACUAUAUUUUGAAAAACUAGGGAAAUAUGAUACACAAAUGGACAUAUGGGGCGGGGAAAACCUGGAGAUCAGUUUUCGUGUUUGGCAAUGUGGUGGCAGUUUAGAAAUCAUACCAUGUAGUCGAGUAGGUCAUGUAUUUCGCAAAAGGCACCCUUAUUCCUUCCCAGGCGGUGGAAGCGGAAACAUUUUCGCUAAAAAUACAAGACGAGCAGCGGAAGUUUGGAUGGAUGACUAUAAACAGUACUAUUACGCAGCGGUUCCUCUAGCGAAAAAUAUUCCUUUUGGUGAAAUUGAUGAACGCUUACAGCUCAAACAUGACCUCAACUGCAAACCUUUCAAAUGGUAUUUGGACAAUGUCUACCCACAGCUAACAAUUCCAGAACAACAAACAAGAGGUAACCUAAGACAAGGACCGUAUUGCAUGGAUACUCUAGGUCAUUUACUGGACGGAGUCGUUGGACUUUAUCACUGUCACAACAGCGGAGGAAAUCAAGAUUGGAGCAUCACGAAAAAAGGACAAAUAAAACAUCUGGAUCUUUGUUUAACACUAUUGAAUUUUUCCAUACGAUCGCGCUUCAACAUCGUAACUUUAAAAUACUGCGAUGAAUCUGCAAACCAACAAUGGCACAAAAGAGAGGGUGGACUUAUACAACACAGCAAGAUCAAUGUUUGUCUGGACUCACGUUAUGUGAAAGAGAAAGGCAUUACUGCUGAAAGAUGCAAUUCUGCGCUCGAUUCCCAGCAAUGGAAGUUUUCCAUAAAGUGAGAGUAGCGAUUAAGAUAAUGUAGAAAGCGUUAUGAAUAAAUUUUGUUGUAUGUGUUAUUCAUUAUUGUUCAUCUGCGUAAAGUUUUAACAUAUAUCACCGAAGCCAAAAUAGAAGCUACAUUCAUUACGCUCCAAUGAUGAUAAUACAUUCCAAGAAAAUAUAAGAUGCAUCAUCCAUCGAGAAAACUGAAACUGCAAAAAGAAUAAUUAUUACUACA